CCCCGCGCCCCUCCGGCUACCGCCUCUUGUGCGCAAAAGGGGAACAGCUGACCGGCACGAACGUGGCGCCACGGGCCGGGAGCCCCAGCGGAAGCCCUCAGCCUCAUUCUUUAUCAUGUUCCUUCAUGCAGGGUGAGCAUGGCACAAAUGGAGAAUUUCAGGAUCUGUGAGCAAAAGAACCCUCAGAACCAGGACAAGUAUGAGCAGGGGAGCAGCUGCCAUGGCUUCAGAAAUCCUGGUGAACAUACGGGAGGAGGUGACCUGCCCUACUUGCCUGCAGUUUCUGACAGAACCCCUGAGCCUUGACUGUGGCCACACCUUCUGCCAAGCCUGCAUCACUGCAGACAACAAGGAAUCUGUGACUGGCCAAGAAGGGGAGAGGAGCUGUCCUGUUUGCAGAACCAGUUACCAGCCUAGGAACCUGCGGCGUAAUCAACACGUGGCCAACAUAGUGGAGAAGCUCAGAGAGGUUAAGCUGAGCCCGGAGAGGGAGCAAAAGAGAAGUCUCUGUGUGCGCCAUGGAGAGAAACUCCUGCUCUUCUGUGAGGAGGAUGGGCAGGUCCUUUGCUGGCUUUGCAAGCGGUCCCAGGAGCACCGUGGUCACCACACAUUGCUCAUGGAGGAGGUUGCCCAGAAGUACCAGGAAAAGCUACAGGCAGCUCUGGAGAGGCUGAAGGGGGAGCAGAAGGAAGCUGAGAAGAUGGAAGUUCAAGUCAGAGAAGAGAUCGCUACCUGGAAGAAUAAAAUAAAAAAUGAAAGACAAAAUGUCCAGGCACACUGUAUGCAACUGAGAGGUAUCCUGUACAGUGAGGAGGUAAAGGAAUUGCAAAAGCUGAAGAAUGAGGAGGGAUUGAUUCUAAGAAACCUGACGGACUCUAAGUAUGAGCUGGUCCAGCAGAGCCAGUUGGUGAGAGAUCUCAUCUCAGAUCUGGAGCAUCGUUUGCAGGCGUCAGCAGUGGAGAUGCUGCAGGAUGUGAACGGCGUCAUGAGAAGGAGUGAGACCUUGUCUCUGAAGAAGCCAAAAACUUUUCCGAAGGAACAAAGGAGAGUGUUUCGAGCUCCUGAUCUGGGAGAGAUACUACGAGUGUUUAAUGAGGCGACAGAUGUGCAGCGCUACUGGGUUCACGUGACCCUGAAUCCUUUCACGGGUAAUCCAAAUGUCGCCAUUUCUGCGGAUCGGAGACAAGUGAGAUAUGUGUGCAAUUUGGAAACAAACGAUACACACCAGGAGGAUGAUUUUAAAAAUUAUGGUGUCCUGGGCUCCCCAAUUAUCACAUCAGGGAAACACUACUGGGAAGUAGAUGUUUCAGAGAAACGUGCCUGGAUCUUGGGGGUAUAUAGUGGGAAAUGGCGUGGAUGUAAGGCAAAGUUUCUAUUUGAAAAAAAUGAAAAUGGUCAAGAUGUUCACUGGAAAUAUCAACCUAAACAUGGCUACUGGGUCAUAGGGUUAAAUCAUCAGUUUGAAUAUAAAGCUUUUGAUGAGUCUGCCUCCUCAGAUCCUGUGAUCUUAACCCUCUUCAUGAGUGUUCCUCCCCGUCGUAUUGGGGUUUUCCUAGACUAUAAGGCUGGCACGGUCUUAUUUCUCAAUGUCACAAACCAUGGGUUUCCCAUUUAUAAAUUCUCUUCAUGUUCCUUUCCUCAGAACACUUACCCAUAUUUCAAUCCUAUGAAAUGUGAUGCCCUCAUGACUCUGUGCUCACCAAGCUCUUGAACCUAACAUUCACACCCGUUUCUCUGUAGCGCCUCUUGCUGUGGGUGCAUCUAACACACCUGCACCAUCCUUACCUUUUUACCUUGCUGCUUCUCUUUUUUUUCCAUUUGAACAUCCUUCAUUCAUCUAUAGGGUGUACAAUUUGCCUUGUGUCAUAUUUUCCCCAAUACCAUGUUUGCAUUAGGAGAAAAUCUUAAUUCAUUUUCUAUACCCCAAAGACAAAUGACUGAUGCUCCAUAAAGAAAGAGUGGUAUCAAGGUAGCACCUCUGCCAAAUUUUACAAGCUCAUUUCCUCUGCCCCGACGGAUGAGAAGGAAAGAUGCCACUGAGAAGAUGAAGGAAAGCGUCUUAAAAACUUCUGUAUAUUAUUUAAGACCUAGUAUAGGAGUCAUUCACUAAAGAAUGAGUCCUGAGCAGUGUCUCUCUUUACCCACAAGGCUCUUUAUUCAUCAAGGAAUUAAGGAGAAAAUAUCAUAGGUAAUAUAUACUAAGAGUGGAAGUUUUGUGUUCAGAGUGUCUAAGUUCAAUUCCUAUCUUUCUACCUAUUAGCAGUGUAACCAUGAAUAACAUUUAAAUGAUGUGUUUAUUUUUUUAUGCCAUAGCAUAGAAAACUACACCAUACAUAAGAUCAUUGUGAGGAGAGACUUGCUGUUAAGUAAAAAGCAUCUGUGUCUCAACUUAAUAAUACAUAUUUUAUCUAUUAAUUACUGAAGAAUAUAACCUGUGUGUCGCAUUAAAUAGUUUCUGCCUUCAGGGACACAAGGGUUCUUUUUCAUGAAGUCUUAUUUUUCAGAUCCUAGUUACCUUUGUGCUGCUGUCAAGACUACUUCAGCUCUCCCUGUCAUCAAAAAGCGUGUGUGUGUGUGUGUGUGCGCGUGUGCACUCACAAUUAGAUUUUUAUUAUAAUUCUGGGGUUGCUACAUACAGGCUUUUAUCAAGUAAACUAAAUUGUAUGGAAUUCAGUUUCUCAUCUGUAAAAAAAAAAUACCUGAUUAAUACUGUGAAAAUUAAACAAUAAAAUGUUUUCAAUAACUUUUGUAAUUUCUAGCACAUAAGUGGUAGCCCAAUAUUACAUCUAUUUCAUUUUGUGGUUCCUUCUCACUGUGACUGAAAUAAAUAAUUUUCAGAAUACAUAUUA